GCCGUUAGUUUGAGCUGCUCGCAGUAAUUCGAAGCCCGCAUCCAGUUGACCUGCCGCCAGGUUGGGCUGUAAAUGGCACUGUUUGUGAGGAAUGUCGCUGCUGGUGUUUUUUCCAAGACGAGACGUCGCAUUCCUUCUUCUUUGGCGUGUCUGAGCUCCAGGCUUCAGCACACUGAGGAGCGCCCAGGUACCCUUAAAGUCUUUCGACCAGAAACGUCGUCGUCCAAGAGCCUGUUGGAUAUCGGAACGAGGAGAAUCUUCCAGGAGGAGCAUGACAUCUUCAGGCAGAGCGUGAGGCGUUUUUUCCAGGACGAGGUGGUGCCCCACCAUGGCGAGUGGGAAAAAGCUGGCCAGGUCAGUCGGGAGCUCUGGGAAAAAGCCGGAAAACAAGGCCUCCUGGGAGUCUACAUUCCUGAAGAACAUGGGGGCGUUGGGGGGGACUUGCUGUCUGCUGCAGUUGUGUGGGAAGAGCAGAUGUACUCCAAUUGCUCAGGCCCGGGCUUCUCCCUCCAUUCUGACAUUGUGAUGACUUACAUCAGUCACUAUGGCACCAAGGCCCAAAUCCAUCGUUUUCUACCCGACAUGGCAGCAGGGAAGUGCAUUGGCGCUAUUGCAAUGACGGAGCCGGGCGCUGGCAGUGACUUACAAGGAGUGCGAACGCAUGCCAAGAAGGAUGGAGAUGACUGGAUCCUGAAUGGCAGUAAGGUGUUCAUCACAAACGGCUGGAUGAGCGAUCUGGUGAUUGUGGUGGCAGUGACGGACAGCAAGGCCCGCACAGCAGCUCAUGGCACCAGCCUGUUCCUGGUGGAGAACGGCAUGAAGGGAUUUAUCAAGGGGCGAAAGUUGGAGAAGAUCGGCUUGAAGGCGCAGGACACGGCUGAAUUAUUCUUUGAAGAUGUCCGUCUUCCUGCAGAGUCCUUGCUUGGGGAGCCCAAUAAGGGCUUUUAUUACUUGAUGAACGAGCUUCCUCAGGAGCGUCUCUUGAUCUCCGACAUGGCCAUUGCCAGCUCUGAAUUCAUGUUUGAAGAAACCCGAAAUUACGUCAAACAGCGGAAAGCUUUCGGGAAAACCAUCGCUCAUCUGCAGACGAUCCAACACAAGUUAGCAGAACUGAAGACGGAGAUCUGCGUUGGACGCGCCUUCAUUGAUAGCUGUCUGCAGCUGCACGCUGAGGGGAAGCUCGACUCGGCCACUGCUUCAAUGGCCAAGUACUGGGCGUCGGACCUCCAGAACCGAGUGGCCACGCAGUGCGUUCAGCUCCACGGAGGAUGGGGGUACAUGUGGGAAUACCCCAUUGCCAAGGCCUUCGUGGACUCGCGCGUGCAGCCCAUUUACGGUGGCACCAAUGAGAUAAUGAAGGAGCUGAUCGCAAGAACCGUCGUUGGCGAGAAGUGGGGGGCAAACUUCACUUGAUGGGCCGAGACCCCCACGUGUCGAACUGUGAGCCUCCAACGCCGAGGGGGCCUGUUGUGGUCCGAGUGGGGAUUUGUGUGCCUUUGUGCAGGCUGAAUUAUUAAAAGCUGAUCACUUGAUAAACGUGUCA